UCUCCACUACAGCCUCACUCGCUGCCACCGCCAGAACCCGGCGUGAUGGCUGCCGCCGUGCCCCGCGCCGCUGCUCUCGCCCCCCUGUUUCCCUUUUUCUUGUUCCUCCUCCUCCUCUCCGCUCCGCAGGGCAGCAGCGGCCUGCACACUAAGGGUGCCCUUCCCCUGGAUACAGUCACUUUCUACAAGGUCAUUCCCAAAAGCAAGUUCGUCUUGGUGAAGUUCGACACCCAGUACCCUUACGGUGAGAAGCAGGAUGAGUUCAAGCGUCUGGCUGAAAACGCAGCCUCCAGUGAUGAUCUCUUGGUGGCAGAGGUGGGGAUCUCAGAUUAUGGGGACAAGCUGAAUAUGGAGCUGAGUGAGAAAUACAAGCUGGACAAGGAGAACUACCCAAUCUUCUACCUCUUCCGGGAUGGGGACUUUGAGAACCCAAUCCUAUAUAGUGGGGCGGUUAAGGUCGGAGCCAUCCAGCGCUGGCUGAAGGGGCAAGGGGUCUACCUAGGUAUGCCUGGUUGCCUGCCUACAUAUGACACCCUUGCUGGAGAGUUCAUCAGGGCCUCUGGCGUGGAGGCCCGCCAGGCCCUCUUAAAGCGGGGGCAGGAUAACCUUGCAAGUGUGAAGGAGACUGAGAAGAAGUGGGCUGAGCAGUACCUGAAGAUCAUGGGGAAGGUCUUAGACCAAGGUGAGGACUUCCCAGCCUCAGAGAUGACCCGAAUCACCAAGCUGAUUGAGAAGAACAAGAUGAGUGACGGGAAGAAGGAAGAGCUCCAAAAGAGUUUAAACAUCUUGACUGCCUUCCAGAAGAAGGGGGCGGAGAAGGAGGAGCUAUAAAAAGGAACUCGAGGGUUUUCCAGAGUUUGGUGGGAGUGGGAAGGGAGAAUUACCUGCUGGCUGUGAGACCCUCUUGGGAUAUAAGAAAUCUGAGCGUGCCCAGACAUUAAUGGUGAUAUAUGUUUGGGACAUCUCUGUUGGUACUCAUGUACAGCUAGAACACUUAUUCAGAUGGCCUGUGAAUUUCCCUCUCAGAAGGAAUUGGUGCUAUAAAGAAUGUACUGCCCACAUCGUUGAAAGGUGUAAUUCUGAUCCAAUUAAAGUUUCCAUGUUUUGGUUAAGUGGACCUGAAGCCAUUCAGUUUUCUUUUAACAAUUAUACUUUGGACUAUGACCUGCUUUCUCCUUUGACUUUUUUAAUCCAAGCUGGUAUGGAUUCCACUCUACCAAGGUAACAGACUCUCCUGGUAACACUGGAAGCUGGUCCUAAUUCAAAGCCUACCUUAAUUCCUUUACACUGGUGUUCAGACUCAAGUGGACUGGUUGUGGGUGGUAAAUUGCAUUGUUCACAUUUUCUUGCCCUUAAAACUGAAUGGCAAUGUUAAUGAACCUCAGUGUAAUUAUUUCCCAUACUUCAUGAGAUAUGUACAUGAAAUUCUUAGUUUUGCUGAUAUAAUCUGAUAGGUUUUUUCCAAGUUCAAUUUUAGACAGCUAAAUGAUACACUUCAGCCCAAUGUGGACGUUUAAAAGAAAAAGGGAUUGUUUGUCAUCUGUUACUUCGUCACUGUCAGUUAAAAGCAGAGGGAGCCCUGGCCAGGUAGCUCAGUUAGUGGGUUUGAUCUCCAGUGAGGGCACAUACA